GGCCACGGCGGUGUGCGUGAAAGCGGGCGCGCGCCGCGACGGCGGCGGCGGGGAAGGCGGCGACGGCGGCGGCGGUCGAGGGGGCGGUGGCCACGAGGCAAGGUCGUUGCUGGCGGAAGAGACGUGUGUGGCGGCGGUUAGGUCGCUGAGGAACAUCGUCGGGGUCAGUGACUAUCAUCUAUUCCACACGAUGAGUAACAGCCACCCUCUUCGCCCCUUUACUGCAGUGGGGGAAAUUGAUCAUGUGCACAUUCUGUCUGAGCAUAUUGGUGCCUUGUUGAUUGGUGAAGAAUAUGGUGAUGUCACAUUUGUUGUGGAAAAGAAGCGCUUUCCUGCCCACAGGGUAAUUUUAGCAGCUAGGUGCCAAUAUUUUCGAGCAUUACUGUAUGGUGGGAUGCGAGAGUCUCAGCCUGAAGCAGAAAUCCCUCUCCAAGACACCACUGCAGAAGCAUUCACAAUGCUACUCAAAUACAUCUACACGGGGCGGGCGACACUGACAGAUGAGAAGGAGGAGGUGCUGCUGGAUUUUCUGAGCCUGGCUCAUAAAUAUGGAUUUCCAGAGCUAGAGGAUUCUACCUCUGAAUAUCUCUGCACCAUACUUAAUAUUCAGAACGUCUGUAUGACUUUUGAUGUUGCCAGUCUCUACUCACUUCCCAAGCUAACUUGUAUGUGCUGCAUGUUCAUGGACAGAAAUGCUCAGGAGGUGCUCGCCAGUGAAGGCUUCCUCUCCCUUUCCAAGACAGCACUUCUGAACAUCGUUUUAAGAGAUUCGUUUGCUGCUCCUGAGAAAGAUAUUUUCUUAGCCUUGUUAAACUGGUGUAAGCACAAUGCGAAGGAGAAUCAUGCUGAAAUCAUGCAGGCUGUGCGUUUACCUCUAAUGAGCCUUACUGAGCUUCUGAACGUUGUGAGACCUUCAGGACUGUUGUCUCCAGAUGCUAUUCUAGAUGCCAUUAAGGUGCGGUCAGAGAGCCGAGAUAUGGACCUCAACUACAGAGGCAUGCUCAUACCAGAAGAAAACAUCGCAACUAUGAAGUAUGGAGCCCAGGUUGUGAAAGGAGAGCUGAAGUCAGCCUUGUUGGAUGGUGACACUCAAAAUUAUGACUUGGAUCAUGGAUUUUCCAGGCAUCCCAUCGAUGAUGACUGCCGCUCUGGCAUUGAGAUCAAGCUUGGCCAGCCAUCCAUUAUCAACCACAUACGCCUCCUCCUGUGGGACCGUGACAGCCGGUCUUAUUCCUACUUUAUUGAAGUGUCUAUGGAUGAACUAGAUUGGAUCAGAGUGAUAGAUCAUUCACAUUACCUAUGUCGGUCUUGGCAAAAGUUGUAUUUUCCAGCUCGUGUAUGCAGGUAUAUCCGAAUAGUUGGGACUCACAACACAGUGAACAAGAUUUUCCACAUUGUGGCUUUUGAAUGUAUGUUCACAAACAAAACCUUCACUCUGGAGAAGGGCCUAAUAGUUCCCAUGGAGAAUGUUGCAACAAUCGCUGAUUGUGCCAGUGUGAUCGAAGGAGUCAGUCGGAGCCGAAAUGCCUUGCUGAACGGGGACACUAAGAAUUAUGACUGGGAUUCUGGCUAUACGUGUCACCAGCUGGGAAGUGGUGCAAUUGUGGUUCAGCUGGCACAGCCAUACAUGAUUGGGUCAAUACGGUUACUACUCUGGGACUGUGACGAUCGAAGCUACAGUUACUACGUUGAGGUUUCCACCAAUCAGCAGCAGUGGACCAUGGUGGCUGACAGAACGAAAGUCUCCUGCAAGUCCUGGCAAUCAGUCACUUUUGAAAGACAGCCUGCCUCCUUCAUCCGAAUCGUCGGAACCCACAACACAGCAAAUGAGGUGUUCCACUGUGUCCACUUUGAGUGUCCAGAGCAGCAGAGCAGCCAGAAGGAGGAGGGCAGCGAGGAACCGGGGACAGGGGGCCCCAGCACCCCCAGUCAGCAGCUCGAGCCCCACGCACUGCGAGCACCCAGCGCCAGCUCACUACCCCCGAGUCCGGGCCCCAACUCGCGCUCACCCAACCAACAACACCAAUAAAGGAGGCGGAGGACGUGGUGUGACUUGGGUGGGCCUGGGUAGAGCAGGAGUGUGCCCUCCCCCGUUCCUGGGAGGAACAGACCUGGCUGCAAAGACCACCCCAACCAGGUGUUCCCCAGGGGACAGAAGGGCACCCUUUCUCCCCACUCUUCAGGCAGUCUCCAGGGGGAGGAAGUGGGUCUUGAUUCUUCAAGUCCACCAUCAAUCCUACCUCUAACGUUACCAAGGUACCAGUGCAGAAGGAGUCUGUAGACAAAGGGAACCCUAGGCCUUGACAACCAGAAAAGGGCCCAGCCCCAGAGGGUCCUCUCGGCGGGCGGCACCUGUUGCCCUGGUUACUGGGUGGUUUGUAGUUGUGUGGUUUCUCUCCAUCUGCUGAGUCAUGGUGUUGCAGGCUUGUGGAACUUCUCUGGCCCUCUGCAGGGACAAGGGUCUUCCUCAGUCUCCAGUGUGUGCAUGUGGACAGAGCAGAGGCUGUCCCUCCUAAACGAGCCCAGAUGUAUCUCAUCAUGGCACUUAGCCUGACCAGGAAAAUCCUUGAAGUUCAACCAGACGCACAAUGUGCAAAUCAAUCUGUGGACACUGGAGUUAAUAAUUGAUCAAAUUGCCACUUUAUUAACCCGUCAUUUCUGAUGUGUACAAGCCUUCCAGUCUGGGAGGCCAGCGUGCCAGCUGCUAGAGGACCACUCAGAAGCCUGUGUCGACAGGCACUGGGCAGUCCUAGGCUGGCCCUGCUGGGCCUCAUGGCUCAGCUGCCCUUGGCCCUGGCUCAGCCAACAGAUGGGGUGUCAGGAGCACAGGCCUGGGACUCUGUGGCGAGUCUCUCCAGCGUCAUCCACCUGGGGAUGGCGAAGAGCACUUUGUCUUUGACUAGUGCAGCUCCCCCGCCCAGCUCUCUCUGUCACCUCCAUGCACAACUCCUGCCUCUGCACCUCCUUGUUGCAUCCUGAGGCCCCGUGAAGUCACCUUAGCACUUCCUGUGAGCAUGCUCAGAGGAGGGUGGGGCUUCGGGUCCCGUCCUGUUCCAGAAGUGAACAGAUGGGUCAUCCAGCUUUCUCUGAGCUUGACUUAAUUGGAAUGGGUUGUCCACACUGAAGAGGUGGCAGUGGGGACCUCAGGCUGCAGUGAGGUGAUCCUCCUUUGAGUUCAGGCCUGGGGGUGAACUGGCUUCAUUGCUGUGUGGUGUGGCUGCUUCUGGUAAGGAGGCUUCCGUGGAUGGAUGGCAGGGUGCAGCCACUGUGUACGGGGCGCUGCUCUUGGCAGCAUCCAGCCCCCAGUUGCCAGUUAGCCUGGGGGACUGCCUGCUCAGCAUCACUGGCAGGCAGGACCCCCUGCCAGUGCACAGGGUACCCCGAUCUGUGGAGGGUGGAGUUUGUGUCUUGGAAGAUGAUGUGUGAGGGCUUGUUUUGUUCUUGUUCAGUUACUUAAGAUAGAUCCUCCCUCUGUAGCCUAGGCUGGCCACAUUCAUGGCAAUCCUCCUGCUUCAGCACCCUGAGUUCUGGGCUUGUAGUUAUGAGUUAGCACAUGCUGCCAUACGCCUUCUUUGUGAACAUGGAAGGCAAGAUGCAGGCCUGGAGCCCAGCAGCCCCCGGGGCAGUGUGGCUGAGCUGGCAAGAAGCCGUGUUGUCCACCCCAGAUGUCACCCCACACCUGUAAUGGCAGCUCAUCCACCAUCUCAGACCCACACCCAUGGCUUCCUUUCUCCCUUCGGACAGUGUUGCGUAUUCAGGUUGUAACUAGAGACUCUGGUCCCUUCCGUGUCGGCAAUGGCAUGGUGCCCUCCAUCGCAUAAGCAGGAGGGGGAUGGGACCUCAAAGUCACAGGUGCCAUUGGGGAGUUCUGAGAACCAUAGCAAGCCCUCAGUCAUCUGAGAUGAUCCCAUGGCCACCUCUGGGGAGCCUUUCUUGGAUUGACACCUACUUAGGGUGCAGGAGGAUGUGGUUGGCUUACCUCCCACCAGAAAAGGGAGCUCACCCUUGGUGGGCAUGCUGAUGUGCCUAGAGGCCACAGCUACAUCUAAGGUAAGGUCCACAUUUCCAGAGGACGGAGCCAGAGCCUGGCUUAUCCCUGCUUGUCCCCUGCAGGAUUCUCCCCUGGGGCCAACAGGCUGGCAAUGAGACUUGAGUGUUGAGCUGAACUUAAGUGCUGACGGCAAGUCGGGCUGGCUGGAACUCAGAGGAUCCUAUGCACCAAGCAGCCCUGGCACCAUAGGUGGAUUCUGACUCUGAGGACCCUUUGGGUGCCAAGGAGCCAUAGUCAAGCCAUAGGGGACAGGCAGUGUGAGCCAUUGCUCCCUCAGGCCUGCCCUUGCCCGUAAGGUCAGCAGUGUGUAAACACAGCCAGGUGGCUCGGCUUGGAGAGUGGCAACCAUGUGACGCCUCUGGUGCCAGCUGUGAGGUGGCACCUGCACCAGGUCCCCUGGGUUCUGCAGAGCCCCGUACCUCCUUUUGAUCAUGUGCGUUAGGAUGGCAGGUAUCCUCGUUAUGGCUUUUGGAAGAAGUGUUCAGUGUCACCGACAAGGGCUCCCGGGGGACCAUUUGGGGUGCUGGGCAGGGCAGUUUGGGCUGUGGGGUAGGUUUGAGGGUAGAUGCUGUCUGUACAGUGGCUUCCGGCAGCCACAGAGGCGGUCUCACUCUCGGGCUCAGAGUCUCCUAAGGCCUCGGUACUUUUCCUGGUGUGAUUUUAGAGUCCCAAGCCCAUUGUAGGCAUGGGCUCUCCUCAAUGGCUCUCUCAACUGUCACUUUUUCACUUAUUAAAUGAAGUGUCAAUUCCUGACAAAUACAUUACAGGUGUUUUAUUCCUAGAAGACCUAGGAAAAGAAAAUUCUUUUCAGCGAGAGAGGGAUGUGAUCGUUAGAUUGGUUCCUUGCCCCCUCCUCAUGAGUUUUGAAUUGUGCAAAUCGCUCAGCAGUUGAGCCACCUCCAGACCUCUGCGUGCACAGCUACCCAGCCCAUCUCCCGUUCCUUCUAACUUAGAAGAUAACAGAACUGUAACCACAGCCUCUGCGGGCCACAGGAAGAGGGUGAAAUCUACGGCCAGAGUGGGGCUCGGCGCUCACUGAAGUGCCUCAGGCCAGCCCGCGAUGCAGAUGUCCCUCUGGAUGGGCACAGAGAUGCCAGGGAGGAGAAGAGCCUCCUAGGAGGUCCCCCCUGUCGCCUUGCCUGGUGUGGUGAACGGAGCCCCAGGGCAUUGCUGAGGUGGCCUGGCGCUGUGGGCACUGGCCGUGCUCUGGUGAUUUUGCAACAUGACCAUUGAUUCUGAGGAUUUACCCUGACAGCUCUGGCACGAGGUGAGCGCUUCUUAGUGGUCCUAGGCACUACAGUGCCCUGGGAUACCAAGUGGAGCACCCCAAGCUCAGGGUUCUGGGGUGGACAGAAGGGAGGGGAGUGGCUGAAGCAGCCGUGGGCUGCUGGAAUGCAUCCAACUCUCCUCUGGAUGAGGGCUGGGACAUCCCUUUCACUGGGUGAAUGAGGGGCCGUGAACCUGUGUGGGCUGCACUUCACUUCCCCAGGGUAGGGAAGAACCCCCCCCCCCACACACACACACACACACUGCUCCUUCCUGCCUGUUUCUCAUCCCUCACUUUGGAAAAUGCACAGGAAUGAAUGCUUGUUCCAGAAUACACUUUCAGUCUAGCAGAGGGCAGGGCAGGGCCUCUGGCUGAGCCACUCCUGGCCUGGGUCUGUAGCAUCACAUGUUCCUCUACUGUCCCCUCCCCACACCCCCUCCCCACCUCUGCUGCUAGAGGUCAGAGUGAGUGGGGCUUCUGGACAGAGUUCCCACCCCCAGCCAAGGACACAGUCACCCCUGUAACUUAUGAUUAAUGUCCUCUCAGUACUUGCUGUUUGCAGCUGGAGUAUUUAGAGCCCUGGGCAGUUAGCCAAGGUGGAGUGGUGGCCAGGAGCCACACACCUGUCCCUGCCACUGUCUCCAGCCUCUGUCUUCCCAAGGGCUAAGGUUGUCUGUCACCUUUGAAAGACAGUGGCAGUGGCUCUUCCUACUUUGGAGGUGACAAAGCAGGGUCCUCAGCCUAUUGAGGGAGACCAGCAGUGUAGAGGCCUGAAAUCAGGGUACUAUCUGUGAGUCCCAGGGGUUACAGCCAGGGACAAGAUGUGGUCAAAGCAGUGCUGGAGAUGUGACUGAGGCUCCCCCGACAGCCCCUGGUGGCUGCUUCAGGCCCAUGUUCCACCCCCUUCUAUUGUAGCUUGGCAUGGGGACAGUGCUGGUGCCCAGCCGUCACAGGGAUAGUCCCUCUAAAAUAGGCUUCAGGCCAUACUCCUGUAAGGAUAGAGGGAAACUCAGCCAGGACUGCUGGGGUCUUGGGAACCUGGGCCAGGGAAGAUCUGCGUCUCAGAUGACCUUCCUAAAGUGGCCUUUUAGAACACCAUGCCAGCCCGAGCCAGGAAACUCCUUGUCAGGCUGGCCUGGGACUGAUGUCCCCAAGGCCACUUUAUACCUCCAUACCCAUCCCCAGUGCCUGGGAAAGCAAGGUAGGCACCUUGGGUUGUGCCCUUGGAGGGUGGGUGGGUGACAGCCCCAUGGGUGGCCAUGGACAGUACCUGUGAGCCCCUGUGACCAAGCUUGUGUAGACUGGAUUUUGCAGAGAAGAUGAGCCACCAUGCCUACCAUUCCUGAGCCUGUGAAGAUGGUGAGUGCUGUCCCCAUACUCCUCCUGGGGCCUCUUGGAGGUUGGACAGCGGGGAUCAUGUUAGUCCUAGGCAUGGCUCUCUGAGGACGUUCCCAGGGCAGCGUUGGGAAGGUGUUCCUGGGGUGCUGCGGCACCCUCACUUGGUAAGCUGUGUGCACCCACAGUUCAUUGUGUGUGCAGUGCCACUGUGGGCUCAGUGCAGGAAUAAAGCGAUGACCUCA